UUAAAUAAAAUUACAAGAAGCCCAUGUCAUAAAUCUAGUUUGUCACAGCUCAAAUGGCCGCCAAAGGGAAACUACUUGACAUUUUUAAGGACAACAGAUCAAAGUGACCAAAACUUCAUUAUUAUGGCAUUGCAAAAUUGUUUUCAUGCAUGCAAAAACAGUAACAAUAAUGUGUCUCUCCGUAAAAUUCACAUGACACAGUCAUCAAAUGAUGGCCGGAAAGAGAAUUUUGGAGAGGUUUCAUCAUCAGUGCGGCCAAGGUCUCCGGCCGAGGAGUUUGCUCCACUAGCAGCAACGUUCCGGCGACGGCUACUUGUGGGUGUAGGGUCAGCUUCUUUAGUGGGUGUUGGUGCAAAUUUUGGUGGAGUUACGAGUUUCCUUCUGGGGUUGUCUCCUGAAAGUGGGAGAAAUCUUAAGCUUGAUGUUUUGUAUCCAAUUAAAGGGUUCAAUCGUUGCAUUGACACUUCUGAAGGAUUUGAAUUCAUUUACCCAGAAAACUGGGUGGGAGACCAGACAUUGUUGUAUAGAGCAGCUGAGAAAAGAGAGUUUGAGAGGUCGCUUGACCCACCUCCCCUCAGCAAUGGGCGGCGCAAGAAUGUUAAUGAACCAGUUGCUGCAUUUGGACCUCCUGGUUCAACUGGAGAGCUCAAUGUUAGUGUCAUUGUCUCACCAGUCUCACCGGAUUUCUCUAUUGAAGCAUUUGGAGGGGCAAAGGAGGUGGGAGAAACUGUAGUUCGAACAAUCACAGGUGCUGGGCGACGCCCAGAUGUUAAAGGAACUCUGAUAGAAUCAAGAUUGAGAGAGGACCCUUUGAGGAAAGUUAAGUACUAUGAGCUGGAAUUCAGAGUUGAAAGCCCCUCAUUCCAGAGGCAUAAUGUAGCAGUUUGUUGUGCUCUAAGUGGGAAGCUAUAUACUUUAAAUGCACAAGCACCUGAAUCAACAUGGCCAGAGAUAUAACAAUGAAUGUGAAAAGACUCAUGUUUGCACAAACAGUGAGGCAUGGAGAAGACAGUAAACAGCACAGUAUGCCAUGCAAUCAUCCAAAAGAUUCAAGGGGCAUUCUACUUUCCAAUAAAAGGCAGUCAGUAUGUAUGUAUUUUUUCCUCAUGGACAUUCCAAAAUAUUUGUCAGCAUCAAUUUGUAUACUACUUCAAAUAUCUAUCAUCUAACACAAAAACACUUUCUAUUUUAUCUAUUGAGAUACCAGUGGCUAAUUUGCUAUCA